CAGUCCUUGGCUCCUGCGUCAUCGUCACAGUCAUUGCCAUGCUGAUGGCCUGGUCUGUAGUUCAUAAGCACUUCCACAGGCAGUUUGCAGAACAGCAGAAGCCAGGGCCUCUGAGGCUCGGCGUCCUAGGCGAGGAAGAGGCAGGGACUAGGGUUGAUCUUGCUUUUCUGAUGUGAAAUCCCCUACCUUUUCUUUCAGCCCUUGCAGGAAUCACACAUGUCUUUAGUAGACAGUAGCUAAUGUAAAAGGGAAAAGCUGGGAAGAGCUAAAUAUGUUCACAAUUAGUAAGGACAGCGGGAACCGAAUGCAUACCUUCGCUACAGUACUAAAUUGCAAACAUUGCUACAGUCUGGAUAUUGAAACUCUCCCCCCCCCACCCCCAAAGACCAUGGGUUGAACGCCCAGUGAUUGACUGUGAGAAAGGCAGGCUCCCAAGAGACUCCAUGUUUGUGCCAUUGGUAGGUGGGCCAAGGUCUUCAGGAGGCCUGCUGAUGGAGUGCUCUUAGAUCACUGGGGCAUGUCACUUAAGGGGGUGGAGAGACACUGACUUAUCAAUUCUAGCUCCCCAUGUUAGCUCCUUUACCUCUGAUUCCUGUUCCCCUCAUGAUAUGAAGCCUUGCUAGAUGCUCAAGGAGAAGGGAACCACCUCUCUUGGACUAUGAACCUUCCAGAGCCAUAAGCCUCAAACUAACUUUGUAAGUUCAUUACCUUAGCUGUUUUGUUAUAGUAACAGACAGCUGACCAAUACAACAUUUAAAGUGCAAUGAGAAGGAAAGCUCACCUAUCUUAUCUUCUCGGUUGUUGGCAGGGAACGGAGACCGUUUGCAGGGCGGUCUCUUUGCCAAUGCAUAGCUUUCCCUGCAUGGAGGCCUUGGCACUAUCUUGGUUAUAGUAAGCCUAUGGUAUAAGACACUGUGCUAAAGGUAACUGAAUGCUUCCUUUGCCUUUGGAAUAGGAUAUAUUAUAGUUCCAGGCAUGUAUGAACCCACAUUCCCUCCUUCCUGGUUUCCAAGGCACGAUCUUCAAGGUCAUAGUCUGUCGGUGAUUAAGGGAGACAUGCCCCCAAUACUCAUAUUCACAUCCUGAACCAAAGGCUUUGCUUUUUCUCCACUUCUGGUCUCUCUCUCUCAUCCCAUCUGAAAUACUGGAAGCUGAUGCCCAGGUCUCCAUACUGGCAGAGGCACAGUGACAUGGGCAGACCCCAAGGUAAUCUUCUUACUCAGGGCUUUGUUCAGAUGUGGAGAAGAGAGCAGGAGAAAGGAGCCUUGCUCACUAGGGAAAUGUGACCCAGGGAAGGUCAUGGGCGUUAGGAAGAGACUUGUUUCCCCUAGGACUGGUUAGGCUUCUGUGGAGCAGAGGGGCAUGUGCCCUGCUAGAAAUCAAGCAAGCAUGGCUCUGCUACACAGAGCUGUUAUCAGGGCGUCUCCCAGUGUUGCCUGUAUAACUGUAGGAGGAAUUGUGAGGUCCAGCGGGGCUAAAGCCUGUGUGUUGCUUAGAAAGGUGAUUUUUUUUGUUGUUUUUGUUGUUGUUGUUCUCGUGUUAGGUCCUGCUAGACUCCAGCUGCUCAUUUUGCUAGGACCUAAGGAAGCUUCAAAUGCUGGCACAAAGGAUGUGGAGAAGAUAUUUACAGAAUAAGAACCAGCAAGAGGCUGCCAGUCUCUCCUCUUCACAACUUGCCACUUGCUCAGAUGCCAUGAUUUUACCUUUAAUGUGUAGUUUCAGACCCUCAGCUGGUCCUAGGAGCUGGAAUCCUGGGUAGGCUAGUUGGGACUCCGAUAGAUAGGAUUUGACUCUUAAUUGUGCUUUGCAGGUAUAGUUUUUUUUUUCUCUCUAAAUUUUCACUUAUCAUUCGGUUGGAACUUGUUUUACAUUAGUAUUUUCUCAUUUGUCAGCAUCUGACUUCUUAUGGGACAGACAAUUUUAAAAUUCUUUAAAUUUAAAAGUUCAGACAAUUAUUUUCUUCAAACAUAUCAUUGCUGUACCGCCUUUCUCCUCAACCAUUACAUUUUCUUUGGAGUGUUUCACAUAUGCCAAUGGAAACAAUUCAAGAUAUUGCCCAGACACACAGUCAUAUUACUAAUGAGAGGCUCUUGUGUGUGUGUGUGUGUGUGUACACAUGCGCACGCACUUGCCUGUGCAUGAUGGGUAGAGGCCAGAGGGGAACUCUUUGGGUGUCCUCCUCUGUUGCUUUCCACCUUGUUUUAUAAAUCAGGGUCUUUCCCUGACCCAUAAUUCCUUAGGCUGGCCAGCCCUGGUCUCUGCUCAUCUCUGCCUUGCCCUCCAGUGUUGACGCUACAGGCCCGUGCUCUACAGGCCUGUGUUCGACGCCUGGCUUCUUUGUAGGUGCUGAGGAGCUGAACUCAGGUCCUGUGCUUGCUUGGCAGCACCUUCCCCACUGAGCAAUCUCCACAGCUCCCUGAUGUGAGGUUCUUACUUUUCCUUUUUUUAAAAUUUAUUUCUAAUUAUGUGCCAUCACCCCAUCCCCCAAUAUGAGCUUCUCAUCAAUGUGAAGAAGUAGGCUUAAGAGACUGUGUGAUAUGCUUAUAGACGCCACACCAUCAGUUUACCCCAUAUUGUUUCUGUUGAGAACAGUCGACAGCGUAAGAGACCUGGGAGGAAACAUGGAUGGUUCUUAGGAUAUCUGCGUGGAAAUGUCUUUCCUUAAAGAUGUAUUCACAGUUGUGUGAUUGUCCCACCCCACCCUUCCUUCUCCACCAUCCUCCCCCCCACCCCCCGGUCUCCAUCUUUCUUCCCCUUCCCUGGUCCCUUUUCCUCAUUUCCUUUCUAUAUCUGUGUCCCUUCCCACUGGUCAGCAGUGAGGAAAACCGUGCCGGUGAAGAGCAGUAUCUGGAGCAUUAUGGUACCCAGAAUACACUUUUGGUUUGGCCAUCUCCUUCCUUUGUGGCCUUCAUCCCUCUGGCUCUUAUCUUCCUUGUGCAUAAAUAAGUUUGGGGCUCCACCUUUGAAACUAAGACUCUCUAAAUCUUUCUUAUUUGGUGGAUUUUACCUUUGCCAACUUGGUCCCUGACAGGCCUCAGCAGCUGGUCACUCGGAUAAUUCCCAAAUCGUAUAGAUGCCUUCGGGAAAAUUGGGAUGCCAUUGCAACCACAGAGCAGCCCAGCCACUCCAACAGACACUGGUGCUGGCUGCUUCCCGAGGAGCCACCAGCCAACCCACAGCAGAAGCUGGCUGGAAAAGCAGAUGGAUGUGUUGGAAAGGCUAGCACGGAUUCUAAACACAGCACGUGGGAAAUGCCCAUGUCCCCGGGAAAUACACAUGUCCUGGGGAAGAGGUCACUUACUGGUGCAGUUUAAAAGGUACUCAAACUAGGCUCUGAAUGUUGCCUCUGCCACCACCCUGACCUUGGGCAGGUCUCCUCCCUUGCAGCGCAUCUUGUUCUCAAUCCACAACUGUUGUAAGGAGCAAGGUUCUCCAGGCCCACCAGAACCACAGGUCUUUUGCAAAUCUUAGCAAAUGGUAGUAGCAGUCUCUCAGGGGAUUGAGCCUUCAAAUCUCCCCAUGGCUGGGAAGCCCUGGCUCCUGGCCACAGUGCCAGCCAGGCUAAGCAGCUUGAUUUUGAGAUGCAUCAGUUGGGGUGUGAUUAAACUUCUGAUUGAGGAGAUUCAGCAUUGUGGCCAAGACAGGAGGACAGCAGUGUUUAGCACAAGCUGCUUGGAGCAGAGCUGCCCUUUUUCAAGGUCUCCUCCACUCUUUCCUUCGGCCCCUUCUCUUUGGAUCUCUGCCAGAAGAGGGAAACAAAGCAGUAUGUCCCCAACCCAGAGAGAAGGUGACAGGAAGCAGGAAGGGCCUGGUUGCUUCUCAGAGCAUGCUGUAAAGGUGGCCUGUCCACUCAGGGUGGCUGUAGCCCCAUCCUGGAGGCCGGAGUCCGGCUCACUCAGACCGAUCUGUUUUCUUGGCAAAGCUGGACUCGCGACUCGGGCCUGCUUCUUUCCCCAUCCUUUAUUCAGACAGCUCACAAGUGCUCUGCUGGGAAGGGCGAUUAAGUAGCACUAAGUGUAUUUUUCCAGUGUCCACCUGAUAAAAAGAAAAUAAAACAAAAUCAAGAAGGCCAACGAUUGAACUGUCAUUUUUUUCCCCUCUCACUCCCCUCAAGGGGCUAUGGGAGUCACAUGACUACGAGUAACUGAUUUAGCCAAGUGGCUGUAACUCAGAGUUUGCUGCAGAGCCGCCCCCUCCCGGCGGGAGCGCUGACGUCACGGAAAAGCCCCGUCGCGGGGCUGCCGGGCGCGCUAUAAACGGCGGCGGGCCGCGGAGGCUUCAGGAGGCGGCACUGCCAGCGGACAUCACACGGCCUCGGACUGCGGAGCCCGCAUCGCAGGCGUCAGGCAUUGCAGCAGGCAGCAGGCACUGUGCAGACCGACGGCAGACGCCCACCCAGCGGCCCCGUGCAGCCAAGAUCCCACAAUGACUCUGAAUAAUGUCACCAUGCGCCAAGGCACUGUGGGCAUGCAGCCACAGCAGCGCUGGAGCAUCCCUGCUGAUGGCAGGCAUCUGAUGGUCCAGAAGGAUCCCCACCCCUGCAACCGGCACUCUACUGCUCCUGAAGACCACUGCCGACGGAGCUGGUCCUCCGACUCCACAGACUCGGUCAUCUCUUCUGAGUCUGGAAACACCUACUACCGAGUAGUGCUUAUAGGGGAGCAAGGAGUGGGCAAGUCCACCCUGGCCAACAUCUUUGCAGGUGUGCACGACAGCCUGGACAGCGACUGUGAGGUCUUGGGAGAAGAUACAUAUGAGCGCACCCUGGUCGUUGAUGGAGAAAGUGCAACCAUUAUCCUCCUGGACAUGUGGGAAAAUAAGGGGGAGAAUGAAUGGCUCCGUGAGCACUGCAUGCAGGUUGGGGACGCCUACCUGGUCGUGUACUCUGUCACAGACCGAGCCAGCUUUGAGAAGGCGUCUGAGCUGAGGAUCCAGCUCCGCAGGGCCCGGCAGGCAGAAGACAUUCCUAUAAUUUUGGUUGGCAACAAAAGUGACUUAGUUCGGUGUCGAGAAGUGUCUGUGUCAGAAGGGAGAGCUUGUGCUGUGGUGUUCGACUGCAAAUUCAUUGAGACCUCUGCCGCCGUGCAGCACAACGUGAAGGAACUGUUUGAGGGCAUUGUGCGGCAGGUCCGCCUGCGCCGGGACAGCAAGGAGAAGAAUGAGAGGAGGCUGGCCUACCAGAAGAGGCGGGAGAGCAUCCCCAGGAAAGCCAGGCGCUUCUGGGGCAAAAUUGUGGCCAAAAACAACAAGAACAUGGCUUUCAAGCUCAAGUCGAAAUCCUGCCAUGACCUGUCUGUGCUCUAGGCACCCAGUGUCAUCCAGAUGUCUCCUUGAUGGACAUCGUUGAAGGCUUUUGGGACCAGUGAUCUAUAUUAGAUUGGAUACAUAAGCAUUGUUAGACGCGGCUUCCUCUAUUGCAGACGGGAACCAAUAGGUUAGCCUGAUGGGCAAUCAAGUGUACGGGGAAUGAAAGAUCUCUGUCAAGAGUCAAGAGUCAGUAUUCAUUCAUAGGAAAAGCUUGACCUGCUAUGUGGAUGCCUCAGACUCAUUUAAGGGCAUGUUUGGGGUUCACACGAGUUUUUCUCUCCUUUGGACAGCAGAAUAUUGAUGUUUGUGAAGAACGCCUAGGAUAGGAGUGUUUUAUCAUUCAAGUUUUGCUCAGUGUUGGUCUAUGUGAAUCCGAGGUCCUUGGGUCAUAAACAAAUGUAGGAAAAUGGUGGUAGUUUAUUAGAAGGAGAAGGGCUCUCUGCAUUCUUAUAUCCCUGGAACGACAUCUUUAGAGCUGGCCUCAUCAUGGUUGUGACUAUUACUGCUCCAGUGAAGAGACUUGUUAGAAUUUGCUGGAAACUGAGGCUUACUACCAGUUUUUGUUUAAAGACCACAGAGAUUUGUAGACUUAGGAGCUGAUAUGUGUACUACUUAUAGGUUCAAAAAAUUGUUUACUUAUGUGUCUUUAGAAAAGUGUUUAUUUUGAGGAAACUUUUUUUUUUGCCAAAUUCUACUUAGUCAAAUCAUCUUUUAUGUCUUGCUGUUUUUGAAAUCAUGGAGCUAUCAUAAAAUAUUUUUUUAAAAAAAUCUCAACUAUAUUAAUAACCCUGAGUGCAAAAUUUUAAAUAUAAUCAGAAGCCUGUUUUUUCCCCCUCCAAACAUACAAAUGCCCCAUCCUUUGGGCUGCUCCUUGUAUGCAACAGCUGAAUUAUAUUUAUUAUUAUUUUGCAAAUAACCAUUUUAACAUUUGAUAAAGCAUAUUUAUGAGCGUAUUUCUUACUAAGAAAAAUGUCUGUUUUAUUACCUUUUUAUAUUUUUCAAAAUAUGCAAGUUUUUACCUAUAUGUCUUAUAAUAAAAUAAAUAAAUUCUUUGAAAAGGAAA